AUGGAUAAAAACUUGGUAAGCAACGCUCCAAUGGACAAGUAAAUUGAGCCAUCCAGGAGACAUUAAGAUGAUUCAAUCAAACUGUUUCUCAAAAAUUAUCUUAAAGAGAAUUUUUCAAAUUAAGAUCAAGGAGAAAGCUAGUAUCGUGAAUCUCAAGAUGUAAAACUAAAUAGCGCCAAUAAAAAUGCUGAGUCAUUGUCAACUCUGUCUGAUAUGCUCUACAGGACUAGCUAAAUUAAGAAAGCGUUCUAGUCGCAGUCAAGAGAUAUUUCAAGAUUAAUAUAACAUUUUUAACAUGCGCAAAUGCAACAAUCCCAGAAUCAUAUCUUGCCCUUGAAUAACACCGAAAUUAGUAAAAAAAGGGACCUAAAGAUACUUCAGAAGGCAUAAUAGAAAAAGUCUAGACAAUAAACUUAAAUUGGAAGUAUAUCCUCAUUUUAGGUCUCAAAUAAAACUGAUGGGGGUAUAAAAGGUGACAGAGCAUCAACCUUUUCAUGUGAUAGUAGUUACAGUACUAAAUCAAACUCAAUUAAAAAUCUAGAAUAAAGUACCCUACCUAAAGUAUCAUUUGGCACAAUGAGCAGUGCUAAAAACCUUUAUGAUAUAAGCAGCAAGGAGCUACUGGGAGAGAUAAGCAAGGAUGGUGACUCAUUAAAAUAAAAAUACUCAUCGCAGAAAGUUAUUUCCUUACAACAUACAAAUUUGGCGAGAGAUAAUGAAAAUUCUAUAGAAAAUUUUACAUUAUGCUCUCUAGACAAAACUCUUAAAGAGGAAAACCCUAAAUAAAGCCGGUCUAGGCCAUUAUUUCAAGUAGCGGUAAAUUAUAGUAAAUGA